GCCCUGGCCCGACGCCCUGCCGGUGCCGCGCACCACCCUCGAGUCUCUCUCCCCGCGCACCGCCCGGUCCCCGCCUGCAGUAUUAGGUAAUUCCAGAAACAUGAGGAUAUUUAGUGUCUUUAUAUUCACAGCCUACUAUAAUUUGCUUAAUGCAUUCACUAUCACAGUUCCCAAGGACCUAUAUGUUGUAGACUAUGGCAGUAAUGUGACAAUGGAAUGCAGAUUCCCAGUAGAAAAUCAAUUAGACAUGAUUUCAUUGGCGGUUUACUGGGAGAAGGAAGAGAAGCAAAUUAUUCAGUUUGUACUUGGGCAAGAGGACCUGAAGGAUCAACACAGUAGCUACAGGCAGAGGGCGUGGCUAUUGAAGGACCAGCUCAUCAAAGGAAAUGUUGCCCUCCACAUUACAGACGUGAAGUUGCAGGAUGCAGGUGUUUACUGCUGCAUGAUCAGCUAUGGUGGCGCAGAUUACAAGCGAAUUACUUUGAAAGUCAAUGCCCCAUACAACAAAAUCAACCAGAGGAUUUCUGUGGAUCCAGUCACCUCUGAACACAAACUAACAUGUCAGGCUGAGGGAUACCCCGAGGCUGAAGUCAUCUGGACAAGCAGUGACCACCGAUUCCUGAGUGGCGAGACUAAUAUCACCCAGUCCCAGAGGGAGAAGCUUUUUAAUGUGACCAGCAUGCUGAGAAUCAACACUACAGCCAAUGAGAUUUUCUACUGUACUUUUCGGAGAUUCGAUUCCUGGGAAAACAAUACAGCAGAAUUGAUCAUUCCAGAACCACCCUUGGUACUUUCUGAAACCAAGAGGACUCACUUGGUGAUGCUGGGAUCCUUCCUGCUUUUCCUUUUUGUAGCAGUAUCAGUCUUCUGCUUAAGAAAAGAUGACACACAGUUUGAGGAGACAUAAUCAGCAUUGGACUUCUGAUCUUCAGGAGGGAUUCUUAGCCUAGAGUUUGGGAGUUGACAAAUGAAAGGGCCUGUGGGGUCCAGAUGAUGUGGGACUUUUAAAGGCCAAAGCUCUGAAUGUGGAACCAGGGGAAAACAAAGAGAAUGAAGAAAGAUGAAACCUGGGAAGAAACCCUAACAAUACUUCAAAUGAACAGAGAACCUCAUUGGUGCACAGGAAACGGACAGCCAGCACUCCUGAGUGAGGAGCCUCCAUGCACCUGGUCCAUCACUCCUUUAGGAAAGCAGGUUGAGAAUCCCUCACUUAAGGGUCAGUUCUUGCAGAAACACCUUUUGCCUCUGCUCAGUAACCAAAUCCAUCUUGUAGGGACCAGAAGUCCUAAGAUUGGAAGACUGAGUUGUUUCGAUUUUUUGUGAAUCUGUGGCGGUCUUCUCAUCAGGGGAGUGUGAUUGUUAAUGAUUUAUUUUGAGCAUAUUUUGUAGUAAAGGUGAAAAUGUUGUUGUAUUCAACCUGCUACUUAUAAAUAACUUGUUUGUGUGCAGAAGAACAUAAGGUAUUUGCCAGGUGCUUGAUACCAUGAGGAACUGUUGGUACAAAGAGGAAGGACAAAGAGCAACUCCUGGGUGUGUGUGAUCUUAC